AUGGCAGCUCCCAGUAGAUACAUGUCGUCUCUAAGAAGGGGCAUCGUAUCUGCAUUCCGGCCCCCCAUACAACCCAAUCCCACUACCCUCCCCUUCUUAUUUCCCGUACAACAACAGUCCCGAUAUGCCCAAACACAGGCGAAAAAGAGCACCAAGGCGAAGAAGAAAUACAAGACUUACAUUCAGCAUAAUAUGAAAGAUGCGGUUCAAUUCACCCUCUGCGAUGCAAUGAGAUGGAUCCGCGCUUUCGAAGUAGGAAGGCCACUCUCAUCCGUCAAAUACGAAAUCCACGUCCGCCUACGCUCAAACAGAGGCGGUACCGUCAUCCGCAACCAGGUCCGUCUUCCGCACUCCGUCCAACCUGUCGCCCGCGUGUGCGUGAUCUGCCCUCCAGAUUCCCGCGCCGCAAAGGAAGCUGCCUCAGUUGGAGCGGAAGUAAUAGGCCAAGAAGAAGUCUUCGAACAAAUUAAAAAAGAAAAUAUCAAUUUUGAUAUCUGCAUCUGCCACACGUCGAGUUUGGCGGCCAUGAAUAAAGCUGGCUUGGGACGCAUUCUCGGUCCUAAGGGUCUGAUGCCCAGCGCCAAAAUGGGCACUGUGGUGGAUAACAUUGCUAGAACGGUGCGGAGUAUGCGUGGCAGCACGACCUAUCGAGAAAGGAUGGGAGUUGUAAGACUUGCUAUUGGGCAGCUGGGCUUUUCGCCUGAUCAACUGAAGCAGAAUAUUGUCACGUUUAUCUCACAGUUGAAAAAGGAUGCUGCUGCAGUGGAUGAUUCGUCGAAGGAAAUUUUGGAAGUGGUAUUGAGCUCAACCAACUCUCCAGGUUUUAGUUUGAAUGGGGAUUUCAGAAGUCCGGAUUCCCCUCCGGUACAAGCACUCACGGGCAAUUAA